AAGAUCAAGAUGCCAGAGGAUUCAGGUCCUGGUGAGGACACAGUUCCUUGCUUGUGGAUGGCCACCUUCUUACUGUGCCUUCCCUCAUCUCAGACUGGCUUAAGGAGACAGAGGAAUUUGACGCAUGUAACUGGAAACUUCAGGCAUGGUUGGAUCUAGGUGCUCGCAUGGUAUCAUCACACAUUCCCAUCUCCUAGUUUUGCUUUCUCCUUAUUGUCUUCUUGCUGAGGCAGGUGCUCCUUAAGUGGUGGGAAACAGUACCACCAGACACUUGGUUGCCCCAGUGAAGAGCGCUUUCGCGAUAGACUGUGUCAUUGGCUACAACCCUUCAGCCCUUUCUUGACCUAUGCCCUUUGCCAUGUAACGUUGCAAUGUUUGACCACAUGACUUGCUCGAGCAGAAAGAAUGAGGUAGAGGUGACAGCGGCAGCUCCAAGCCUAGGCUUUAGGAAGCUUGUCUGUUUCUCCUGGCUCUAUUGUGCUUCUGUCAUUCCCAUAAGAAAAACGUGCCCAGGCUGGGCUGCAGGUUACAGCAGGAGGAUGAGACACGGAGCAGAGCUGAGUCACUCUUGUCAAGGUGAGCCUAAAUCAGCCUGUCACCGAACACGUGACUCAGCUCAAGUAAGAUUAGAGAGCUGAACCCCUCAGGUACAUGAGAAAUCACUGAGAUGACAAAAUGUAACCAUCACAGCCUCUUUCUUCAGCUGUUCCAGCAGAAGCUGGGUUUAGGGGCGUGACCUCCGCCCCAGCGGCCGAAGCUCCUCCUAGCAGCGCGGGGGCGCUCUGAGACACUGCUGGUCGCGGCGGCGCUCUUUCUCAGCCUCGUUGGUUCGGACUGAGGCUUUCGGGACGGCGGCGGGAAGAUGGCGGCCCCCAGGGACCGGCUUGGAGCCGUGAAGGCUGAGGGGAGCUCGGGUCGCCAGGGGAACUCGGGCGUCGAGGUGGUGUUUUCCUCCGAUCCCGCCACCCCCGCCCCGCUGUGCCCUCACGGACCCACUCUUCUGUUUGUAAAGGUGAACCAAGGGAAAGAAGAAACGCGGAGGUUUUAUGCCUGCUCAGCUUGUAGAGAUAGAAAAGAUUGUAAUUUUUUUCAAUGGGAAGAUGAAAAGUUGUCAGGAGCCAGACUUGCUGCCCGAGAAGCUCAUAACCGAAGAUGUCAGCCUCCUUUCUCCCGAUCGCAGUGUGUGGAAAGAUACUUGAAAUUUAUCGAGUUGCCCUUGUCUCAGAGAAAGUUUUGUCAACGAUGUCAGCAGUUGCUAUUGCCAGAAGACGAGGAGAGACAUCAGGAGCAUCAGGUAGUGGGUGACGUUUCUGUCACCCAGUUAAAAAGGCCCAGCCGACUCCUUUAUCCAUUGGAAAAUAAGAAGACAAAUGCCCAGUAUUUGUUUGCUGAUAGGAGCUGUCUAUUCUUGGUAGACCUACUCUCUACCCUUGGGUUCAGAAGAGUACUGUGUGUUGGGACACCAAGGUUGCAUGAGCUGAUCAGGUUGAAAGCAUCGGGUGACAAGAAGUCUAAUAUUAAAAGCCUUUUAUUGGAUAUUGAUUUUCGGUAUUCACAGUUUUAUAUGGAAGAUAGUUUUUGCCAUUAUAACAUGUUUAACCAUCACUUCUUUGAUGGAAAGGCUGCCCUUGAAGUAUGCAGAACGUUUUUACAGGAAGAUAAAGGUGAAGGAGUCAUUAUGGUGACAGAUCCUCCUUUUGGUGGCUUGGUUGAACCUCUGGCUGUUACAUUCAAGAAGUUAAUUGCUAUGUGGAAAGAAGGUCAAAGUGAAGAUAAAAGUCACAAAGAACUACCCAUAUUCUGGAUUUUCCCCUAUUUUUUUGAAUCCCGGAUUUGUCAGUUUUUCCCAAGCUUCUGCAUGCUGGAUUACCAGGCUUCGCAGGUGAUUCUGAACUGCAGCCAGGUUUAGACCAAAUGAUCUAAUCUUUCAUCAUCACCAGAAGAUUGUGCAGCACCCCAGGGUCAUCAUCAUGAACACGGGUUUUCUCUGUUCAGAGGUUGCAGAGAAGUAAGUCGCUUUUUCUGGUGGGUGGAACACCAUGACACUUUACUUUGCUGCUCAGAGGUUGCCAGGAGCUCUCAGGAGGGGUGUGCCCAAGGUUGUGGCGUGUCAGAGAAGCAGGGAUGCUGAGGUGUGGGUGUGCUGAUUCCGGGCAGACUGACUAGACCCCCUCCUUUGCAUCCCUGUCCUUCAACUUGUUCUGCUCCAGUGUCCACUCUCCUGGAUUCAUUUCCUUGGGUUCUGAGGUUAACCCUGUUGUUGCUAUCACUAUGUGUGGUCACCAGGUGGGCACUGCUUCCUCUUUUCUGUAAUGACAGUUUUCUGUUUGAUUUUUCUGAGCAAUGGACUAGCCUGUGAUUAAGGCUUUUCAGCCCCAGAACUGUAAAUGUCUUCAGUCGUUGUUCCAAGGUAGCACUUGGUUCUUUUUUUUUCUAAUUGAAGUGUAGUUGAUUUACAGUAUUGUGUGUUAGUUUCAGGUAUACAGCAUAGUGAUUCAGUAUUUUUGCAGAUUAUGUUCCAUUAUAUGUUAUUACAAGAUAAUGGGUAUAAUUCCCUGUAGCACUUGGUUCUAAUCUUUCUAGUUUUGAAGAUAUACACUGUUAUGAAAAUUAUUUAGAAAUAAUGAAAGAAACAGUGCUGUCAGAAAUGAGGGGACAGAUCCUACCUGUGAUUCUACCCCAAAUAGCAAAUGUUAUAAUUUUGAAGUACAGUUGACUCUUGAACAACAGGAAGGUUAGGGGUGCAGUUGAAAAUCGGUGUAUAACUUAUAAUCAGCCCUCUGUCUGCAAGGUUUCUCCAUAUCUGCGGUGUCGCAUCUGUGGAUUCAACCAACUUUGGUUCAGUAUUUACCAUUGAAAAAAGGUCCACGUAUAAGUGGACCUGUGCACUUCGAACCGUGUGUUCAAGGGUCAGCUGUGCUCACUUCCAGUCUUUUUUUAAAAAAAAGCACUUUUACGUAUAAUCAUAGCAGAUGAAUUUUAAUUCUGCUUUCUUCACAGUGCCUUAUAUAAGUGUAUAUUUUAAAAUGUAGGUACGUAAUCUUAUGCUUUUAAUAAGUAAAUUAUUUUAUUAAUAGGCUAUGUUAUCAUUCUCUUCUUUUUGGACUUAGAGGUUGCUUCCACCUUUAAGGUGCUAUAAAUAACACUGUCAUAAACAUCUUUUAUUCAUAUAAUUUUUCCAUAUUUUAUGUAACUCCCUUAAAAUAAAUUUCCAAAACUAAAAUAGAAUUACAGAAGUUAUCAAAUUUAAUGGACUUUUUUAUGGCUCUUGAACCAUAUUAACAAGUUCCUUUCCAAAAGUGUGUGGCACAAGUCAUUUUAACCUUGACUUCUUGAGCUCUGCUUUAGGCAAAACCAUACCAUAUAGCUUCUCAAAGCUGGUUUAUUUUCCUUUUUAGGGCAUCCAGUUUUCUGUUUCUUAUCUGAAGGAUGCUUCUAAUGUGGACAUUUGCAGUGCAGAGAUAUCUGCCGUAUCCUAAAGAUGUUAGCUAAGUAAACUAUUUUUCUGGUUUCUAGGAGCACUGCUGCCUUUGACAGUGAAUAAUCAUCCUGUACAAUCUUUGGCAUAUAGUAGGUACCCUGUACAUGUUGAGUGAAUAAUUGAAUGAACAUGAACUUUUUUUUUAAACUUACAGCACUUGUUUUAUUUAUUUAUUUAUUUAUUUAUUUAUUUAUUUAUUUAUUGGCUGUGUUGGGUCUGUUGCUGUGCACAGGCUUUCUCUAGUUGUGGCGAGCGGGGGCUACUCUUCGUUGAGGUGUGCAGGCUUCUCAUCGCGUUGGCUUCUCUUGUUGUGGACCACGGGCUCUAGGCACACGGGCUUCAGUAGUUGCAGCACAUGGGCUCAAUAGUUGUGGCUCGCAGGCUCUAGAGCACAGGCUCAGUAGUUGUGGCACAUGGGCUUAGUUGUUCCGUGGCAUGUGGGAUCUUCCUGGACCAGGGCUCAAACCUGUGUCCCCUACAUUGGCAGGCAGAUUCUUAACCACUGGGCCACCAGGGAAGCCCAAGAGCAUGAACUUUCAACCCUAUUGAAAAGGAACUAGGUUUUAAUGCUGGUUCUGUCACUUACUAGCUAGGCCUAUGCAUUUUAUCUAACUCUCUGAAACUCCUCUUACCUGUUAAAUGAGCAUACUAAUAAUGUAUCUGCCUCAUAAGGCUUUAAGAAUAUUUUGAGAUAAUACAUUGAAAGGCUUAUUAGCCUUGUCCCUGACACACAGCAAAUACAGAACAAAAAUUAUUGCUCUCAACAUUGUCAUAACCAUCACUAUAUUGUCAUCAUUCAGAUGGUCCCAAGGUGGGGGUAAAACUUUUCUUCAAUUUUAAUGUCACAAAACACAUCAUUAAAAUUGCAAAACACAUCGUUCUUCAGAAGACUGUUUCAUUCACAUUUAGAGAUGCGUUUUCACUGUGGGUGAGAGUUUGAAAUGGUGAGGAGGCAAAAGGCAGGUCCAGAAUAAAGCAAGAUGAGCGUGAUUAAUGUGAGUAACCAGUGAUCAUUUGCUUUAGACAGCCUGUGUUCCCAGGAAAGAACUUUUGGAAAUAUUGUAGUUUUAGUUUUGCAAACUAGUUCCAAGGUCCAGGUUUACUGAAAAUAAUUAUAUGACUCAGUGCAUUGGUGAAAAGGUUCUAAUUAGGCCAUGCGUAUUAGGGUGAAAAGCAGUCUUUUCAGUAAAGAGAAAGCCAACUCUUUAGAAAAAGAGUUAGAAUAAGACCUAUAAAACAGAACAAAUCUUCAUUUUUCAUGAUUCCUGCUAGAGAUGAGAACACUACUGCCCAUUACACGCUCAGUGGGAAAAACUGGUUUUGCCAGCUCUCCUAGGGUGUAUGUAAACCUUGUUUGUUGUACCUCCCCUUUGAUGAUUUUUCCACUGUUGUUGUUGUUUUUUUUUUUUGAAACAUUCUCUGGACUUAUUAUCCUUUCUGAGCCUUUUGCAUUCUUUCUUUUCUUUUGUUACUUUAACCUCAUUUUGUGGUAAAUUUUUUUCCUUUUAUGUUAGCUGCCUUCAUCAAAUGAAAAAUUUGAAAGUUUCCUCUCCCCCUCUGCCGAUCUUUUCCCACAGACCUUGAUUAGGCCUUCUUUCUGACUUUGCCUGAGAUGAUUAUAAGCCCCCAAGGCACAAUGCAUGAAAAAAGCAAAAUCACUAAAUCUCUUUUUUGGAGAUACUUUUUAGGAAAGAGGAAGGUGGAAAUGCUGCAGAUCUUCAUAAAAUAUAAAUCAUGUAGACCCUUCAGUGAUAAAGCACUUGAGUGCAGAAUAAAAUAGUUAUCAAAGACCUAGAAAACCAAGAGUUUUAUUAAGGGCAGAUUAGAAAGAAAGGAUUUGGUAAUGAAAAGAAAUUCUGAUUUAGAGUCAGAAGAAGUUCGAGUCCUAGCACUGCCUUUUAGAAGCUGUUUAAUCUUAAGGGAAGUCACUUUAUCUUUCCAACUCUUUGUUUCCUUACCUAUAAAAUAAAAUGAUUGAACCAGAAGAGGGAUGGCAGAUAAGUUUUACUUUUAGACUUAAGCUUGAUAAAUUAGUAGUGACUUUCUGGAGAAUUUGUUGAGAAUUCCAGGCUCAGUGGCAGAGAGUAGCGUGAUUGAUUAGUGAUGUCUGCCACAGGGUCAGGGUCAGGGUCAGGGAGUGGUGGCAUUCAGGUCCUGUGUUUACCAUACCUGAACUAGAUCAUCUCACUUCCCUUCCACUUUGAACAUGCUAUGAUCUCUUGUUUCUACUUAAUCUGGGGCAUUUGUCUGGAUUGUUAAAAGUAGAGACCUUUGGACUUUCCUGGUGGUGCAGUGAUUAAGAGUCCGCCUGCCAAUGCAGGGACAUGGGUUCAAUCCCUGGUCCAGGAGGAUCCCACAUGCCAUGGUGCAGCUAGGCCUGUGUGCCACAGCUGCUGAGCCUGAGUGCCACAACUAAUGAAGCCCACACGCCUAGAGCCCAUGUUCCGCGACAAGAGAAGC